AUAAGCACAACUAUCCAACCAACGGGCCCCAAAUCGACAACUGCGCCAUCAGGGGUAUUUAAUCAAGAGUUGCAAUAGUUUUGUCAUCACUAAUUUUGGAAGCCUCCUGAUCAACGAAACCGCACUAAAGAACAGUCUUCAACUAACCAUGGGGAUAGGCUUGAUAAAAGUUGCCCUAUUGGCAUCUUUGAUAGUCGCUUGCUUCAAGCAAUCAUCACUGGCUGGUACGGACAACACCAUCCUCCCAGAUGCCUUUGGUCCCGAUGUCGUGGAUGCCACCAUCGGCAAGAUAGCAAUAGUUGAACAGGCCAGCCUACUCAAACCGCAGGACAGGAUUCUGAUUCGCAUAGCAUGGGUAGAAACGCAGUUCGGCACUGCACAGCUCACUCACCCUAACUACUACGGUGGGAUAUGGCGUGUCGAUCGUGCUAUGUUUGAUGUUACUGUGGGCAUGUUCAACAUGGACAGAUACAGUGAUAUAUUUGAGGCGAUUUCAACUCACCUGGGGAUAAUCUGGGUCCAGUCUACUUGGGAACACUGCCGCCAACCUUUGUACUCCGGUCUUGCUGCUCGUCUAUUUCUUCACAACGCCAACCCGAUCAUCCCACCGGGCUGGUCUGUGGAGCAACAAGCAAUUUAUUGGCGAGACAACUACCCACACGAUCCUCCUACUGGUAAUGUGACGUAUUUUUCCGUAAGGGUCGCAGAAUUACCAGGAUGUACAAACAAGGGCAUCGAUUUGGUCUUUGUAGUUGACGGUUCUGGAAGUGUUGGACCAAGUAAUUUCGAGACGUCCAAGCAAUUUGUAAAUGACGUUGUCGAUUCAUUUGAGAUUGGUAGCGAUCGCACACGCGUUGGAGUCAUUCAGUAUUCCUCCUCUGUUAACAUCGAGUUUCACUUGAACCAAUACACGGAUAAAAGUUCACUUCAACAGGCGAUUAGUAGUAUAAAUUACAUAAGUGGAGGUACUAAUACGGAGGAGGCUUUGAAUGUCAUGGUAGAUGAAGGUUUCAAAGUUACAAACGGAGCCAGGGAGCUUGGUAUUCCACGGGUGGCAGUUGUUCUAACAGAUGGUCAAUCACAAGGAGCUGACCGUGUCCGUGUGCCAGCAGACAGAGCCCGCGAAGAGGACAUUACCAUCUUUGCCAUCGGUGUGACGGCAAACAUAAAUCAGGCUGAGCUGAACGCUAUUGCAAACAAACCGAACGAUACCUACGUGUUUGAGGUUAGCAAUUUUGAUGCUAUCGCAACAAUCGGUGCUACACUCCAAGAUACCGCAUGUGAUCAAUCUGCAGAGCUGCCUCCACUCGCCGAGCUCAACGGUACAAUCGGAGAAAACCAAGCACAGAACUUCGUUCAAGACAUACCUCCAGAAGGUAUUACCAUUAUUCUCCGAACAGCUAAUGGUACCGUAGUCAUGUAUGGAUCCACAACCCUCGAAUUGCCCAACUCGGCCCUCAACGAUUUCAUACUGACAGCCAUCGAAGGACAAGGCCCCGUGGAGAUCUUCAUUGGAGAAGGCUUCAUUGGUCAGGUGCCUAAUCAGAACGACACGAAAGCGAACAAUGAAACAAUCGGCAAACUGUAUAUCAGCAUCAAGGGAAAGCAAGCAACCAAUGUCUUCUCAUUGGUUACAGCCGAGGGUGACGUCACCAAACCAGAAGCCACCGAACCGGGAACCACCCAACCGGAAACUACCGAACCAGAAGGCACCCAACCCGACACCACCAAACCUGACAAUGGCGUUGGCAUAGUCACUACGACAGUGCCAUACAUUGCUCUGAUCAUCCUGAAUGCAUUUAUUACUGCUCGUUUGGCAAUUGCACUUUAAAUCUAAACUAAUUCGAGCUUUAUCACGCUGCCACUAUCUUGUUCAUGUUUUAAAGUUAAAAGAUCAUCAUUUAAAGUCAACAAUGAACAACAAAGUACUAGCGAAAAUUUAAACAAUAAGCAAAAUGCAAACACACACCUAUGGCAAAGACACACACCUCACCAGCACCCACCCAGAAAAGAACAAAAAACGCACGCCGUACCCAGUCUCACAAAAUACAUUAUUAUUCCAAUAUUCAGCAACACUCACAAAACCAAUUCAAGCAAACGCAAAAGAGCAUUAUAAAAAGUGUGGAGGGAGUUUGAGUGUUAAAUUCAAGUACCCCCAGUAUUUCCAGAGGCCGCAGAAAUAACGUUUGUCUCAUGUGACUACAAUAAAAGACACGACCAAAUUUGGUUUUGUUGGGGGCUGAAAUGACUAGUUUUUUAGAGGGGUGUGGUAUUAUUUACAAAGUAAAUAAUACUAAAAGGUAUUACUGUUUUUAAUUUUAAGACAUGUUUAUAUUUUCAGUAAUUAAAAACUAUUUUAAAGAGGUGUCGGUAGGAAAUUAUAUUGUUUGGUAUUAAGUAGACUAUGGUUUGGGGUUCAAGUUCAACAUACCAAGUUCCAAGUGUGGGACUGGGGACAAAACGAAGUCCACAUAUUGGGCGUUCGUUUAGCUUCCCUGGGUCAACCCGCCCGGUGUGUGGUGGGGUUUUUUUCCAGGACGAACGUUGGUAAAUA